GGGAGGUGGGAGACUGCGCACGCGCGGUGGGAGAACAGUUCCGGGGACCACGUUCGCAGCGGCCUCCGGUCUCCCAGGCAACAUGAAGCCGGGAGGGGAGGCCCGAGGUGCGCGCGGCGAGGGGCAGAGGAAGCUAGGCCUCUGCGUCCUCUGCGGCCUGCCCGCGGCAGGAAAAUCGACCUUCGCGCUGGCCCUCCGCCACCGGCUCAGACGGGAGCUGGGCUGGGCCGUGGGCGUCGUCGCCUACGAUGACGUCAUGCCGGACGCGUUCCUCGAGGAGGCCGGCGCGGGGCCAGUGCCAUCCCAGUGGAAAUUGCUUCGGCAGGAACUGUUGAAGUACACAGAAUGCUUCUUGCUGGCUGUCAUUAACGGGUGUCCGGUGUCUGCCCCAGCCAACAGGACGGAAGCCAUGUGGGAAGAUUUUAUAACCUGCUUAAAGGACCAAGACCUGCUGUCUUCCGCAGCCCCUGAGGCCCCGCCUGGCUACCUCUUAACGAAGACUGCUAUUUCUGGACCUUUGUUUUUGAUUUUAGAUGACAACUUUUAUUAUCAAAGUAUGAGAUACGAAGUCUACCAACUGGCUCGGAAAUAUUCAUUAGGCUUUUGCCAGGUGUUUUUAGAUUGUUCUCUCGAGACCUGCUUAGAGAGGAAUGGCCAGAGACCUCGGGCACUGCCUGCUGACACCAUCCAGCUGAUGGCGAGAAAGAUUGAAGAGCCAAACCCCAAGAAGAAUGCCUGGGAACACAACAGCCUCACAGUUCAGAGUCCAGCGUGUUCUUCUGCGGCCAGCCCGGCGUUGACUGAUUUACUGCUCGCUGCGCUGGAAAAUCCAGUCAGAUAUGUUGAGGAGAACGUGGAACAAAAGGAAACAGACAGAAUUGUUUGCUCGACCAACAUUCUUCAUCAAGCUGAUCAGAUGCUGCGAAGGAUCGUCUCUCAGACCAUGAAGGAAGCAAAAGAUGAACAAGUGCCUCCUUCCAAGUUGAAACUUCUAGCAGAAGAACUUAACAAGCUCAAAGCAGAGUUUCUGGAAGACCUAAGACAAGGGGACAGAAAGUACCUGCGCUUUCAACACACCGCUGAAUUGUCGGGUGUUGUUUCUUUCUUUCAUUGUGAGAAAGACAGCAUUGUGCACAAGUAUUUUUCAAAGCAGCAUUUGAAAUCCUGAAAAUCUAACCAAAUGUCUGAUUUUGGUUAAGAUUUUCCAAACCGAUUACGAUAAUUUUGUAUUACUGAAUGUUUUCUAGGCCAGUGAACUGCCAAAGGCUUAUUCUUUGUAACAGUCAGUCAUUCUAAAAGAUCCAUUUGUUAUAACAGACAUCAUUUUGUCAGCCACUUGUCGGACGCUGCAUGGGUCUUUAAGCAUCAGGGGCAGCCUUACGUGCCAGAGCCCUUAGGGCUGGGGAGGGGCAGGAGUCUCGAUGCGUGGAUCUUAAAUACAGCGAAGAAGCUAGAAAGGAGACAAAAUGUGGAUGCUUGGAGCUGACUUUAACUCACGUGACAGAUGUUCUCGUGGGUGAGGCAUUCUACAGAUCCAAACAAAGGUUACCAAUAAAACCUUUUACUCUUAACAUUUUACGUACUGGAAAGUUACUAAAAAAAAAAAAAACUACUUGGGUCCUAGUUCUCAAAAAAGAAAAAUCGAAAUCAUUAGAAAGUGUUAUUUUUUUAUUCAUAUAUUACAAAAGCAAAGCUUUCACAAAAUGAACUACAUACUAGGUAUGGUUAUUUCAGCAUUAAGUCUUUUUCUGAAAUCCCUAAACAAUAUAGUUUUUGCAACCGUACUCGAUUUGUUUUGCAUACAAAAUAUGUUCUUUACAUCAAAGUACAUAUUAACAAAAACAAAUUCUAGAAAUCAAAUACCCUCUAAGACUACUUAAUGAAAAAAAUGCUUAGGGAAUUUUUUUUUAAAAUAGUAUGUCCAUUUGAUAAAUAUUUUUGUAGAACUUAAAAUGAGGUUUAUCUCUGAACAUUUUUAAAGCAAUAUUCCCUUUGUCAAAUGAUUCUGCAGAUGGAUGGCAAACACUUAUUUCUAAAAGGAACAGCACUGGAAAAUAUCCAAUGGAGUUUUUUCAAAGUAAAAGUCUAGGCCUUUACUUGAAUUUCAAGAAGUUGUAGCUACAUAUAUUAGUAGAAUCUGAAAUAAAGUAAUUCCCUAUUAAUGACCUCAUAGUUACUUAAAAAUAUAUUAGUGGAGAUAAAUUAUCUUACCAACUUUGAAAUCUAAACUUAUGUUCACUGAACAAAAAUAAAUUUAAUUUCAGAACACUGCCUGUUAACAGCAAAAUACUAUAAAUAUUGCAUGUUAAACUUUCCCCAACAGCUCAUUUCUAUAAAAUACUUGAUUAAAAAUAAAAUGGGACAAAUAUAUUCAAUAUUUAAUGGAAGAUACAUUUAACUUGCGUACGAUUUAAAAUCCUCAAUCUUUCAAAAAAUACAAUACUAAGAAAGUUUCUAAGGUAGAUUUGCUUCAAAAACGCUAGUGCACUUAAGAAUCGUACCUUUCAAGCAUCAACACCUUUGGAAUGCCACCUGUGCCCUUUAAGUUACAGGAAAAUUAGAAUUAUACAUUCUAGUCUGUAAUCAUG